GGCCGUUUGGGCGCGGCGGUGAAGGGAGUUGGUGGGCUUGCCAAAAAUGUGGCAGGUGCUGCCCUUGGAGAGGCUCGGACAGCACUUACAGCCGUGCCAAAUGACGAAGUCGAAGUGGAGAACCUGCUGCAGCGCAUUUCCGGGUCGCUGAUGCCCGAGUACCGGCGCCAGGCAAUGUCGCAGCUAAAGGACCUCUUGAUGGACAACCCCAAGGCCCAGAUGGCGUUCGGCUCCAUGGGCGUGCCCAUCCUCAUGGCGGUGCUGCGGGACGACCGCGACGACGUGGCGCUGCUGCAGAGCACGCUGGAGUCUCUGGUCGCAGCCACCAGUGGCGGCGGCCACGGCGGCCACGACGGCCUCCGUGCCGACCACCCGCAUCACGUCUCGGCAGCAGAGGCCCACGCUGCGGCCAUGAACGCUGAGGUGCUGGCCCGGCAGCGGGAGCACGUCGGGCUGCUGCUGGGCCUGCUGGAGGACGAGCCGGUGGGGGUGUCGGACUUCUACGUGCGCUACCACACCGUGCAGCUGCUGACGGCGCUGCUCAACCACUGCCCCACCAAGCUGCAGGAAGCCAUCCUGGCCACGCCCAUGAGUGUGGUGCGCCUCACGGAGCUGCUGGGGGAGCGGUCCGAGAUCAUUCGCAACGAGGCGCUGCUGCUGCUGGUGGCCCUCACACGCAUGGAGGGCGGCACGGGCGCCGCGGGGGCGCCGGGCGCGGGCGCGGGCGAGGUGCAGAAGAUCGCGGCGUUCGAGGGCGCCUUUGACCGCGUGGCGGAGCUGCUGCGGGAGGAGGGCGGGCUGGGCGGAGGCAUGGUGGUGCAGGACUGCAUCGAGCUGAUGAACAACCUGCUGCGCGGCAAUCUCGCCAACCAGCGAUUGUUCCGCGAGAUGGGGCACAUCGCGAUGAUCCCGCAGCUCAUCAACGCAGCCGCAGGCGGGGGAGGAGGAGGCGGAGGCGGGAGAGGAGGAGCAGCAGCAAGCGGCAGGGAAGGAGGAGCGGGUAGCUUUGCCACAGCAGCGGGCCCGAUUCCGUUCGGGGCGGCGAAUGGUGGCGGCGGGGCGGGAGGCGGGGAGCUGGGGGGCGAUGCGGAGGCGGGGGUUGAGCUGGGGAACGCGCUGGCGGCGCUGGCGGCGGCGGGCGGCGAGGCACUGCUGGGGCCGGCGGGGGCGCUGCCGCGGCCGACGGCGGCCAACACGCUCGGGCUGCUGCAGACACUGCGGCUGCUGUGCUCGCCACCCACUGCUGCGGCCGACCCCGACCGCGCCGCAGAGUCAGCCAACCGCACCGCCAACCAGGCCAAGCUGUUGGCGGGCGGCACACUGGAGGCACUGCUGGGCGCGGCGCUGCAGGACGGCGGCCUGGGCUCACCGCCCGUGCGCGCCGCAGCCAUGGGCGCACUGGGAGACCUGGUCGCAGGCAACGCGCCCGCACAGGAGCGCCUCGCCAAGAGCGUGGUGCGGCCCGGCGGCGCAGCCGCCGCCGCCGCGGCCGCGGCGGCAGCCGCGGCGGACGGCGCCGCGGCAGCGGCGGCGGCGGGGGAGCCGCAGGCGCCGGUGGCGGCGCUGACGGCGGCACUGCGCGUAGCGCUGCACGGCGCCGACGGCGGCGAACGGGCGGCGGCGGACCAUGUGAUCGCCUGCUACUGCCGCGGCAACGCGGAGGGGCAGUCCGCGCUGGCGGGCGGGAUAGGGCCGCGCGCUGCGCCGCAUGCGCCGGGCCACGGCCACGGCCUCGGCCCCCAAGAGACGGAGCACCGCGCCUCGCCGGCUGGGCUGCAGGCGGCCUUCGGACAGGAGCUGGUGGCGGCACUCGUGUCCAGCAGUGCAGCCAUGACGGCGGCGGCGCAACCGGGCUCGGCGGCAUCCGCCGCCGCCAACGCCGCCAUGAAUUCAUCGUCUUCCAGCGGGUACCGGCCAUACGGCGGCGGCGGCGGCAGCGCGUCGUCCGGCGGCGCGGCUGGCGCCGCCGGCAGUAGCAGCAGCGUGGGGAGCGGCAGUAGCAUGGGCGUUGCGGUGCGGGCGGCGGCGGCGCUGCAGCACCUGCUGUUGGGGAAUGCGGGGGUGAAGCUGCGGCUGCUGUCGGCGCCGCUGGAUGGCGCCAGUGUGCCGGGCGUGCCGCCGGACCUGCUUAUGCCCAGGGUUGUGCGCACGCUCACCGCCGCGCUGCGGCCGCCCUGCGGCGACGCCGCGCGCGUGGUGGUGUGCUCGCUGCUGCGGCUGCUGCUGGUGUGGCUGGCCGACUGCCCGCCCGCCACCUCCGCCCUGCUGGACGGCGCCGCCCACGUGCCCCUCCUCGUCGACCUGGUCACAGGGCGGCAGGGCCCCGCGGCGGCGCCUGGCGGCGGCGGCGCCGCCGGCACCGCAACGCCCUCCGGGCCGGCGUCGGGGCAGCUGACGCUGCCGCCCUACGGCGGGCCGCCAGGCGUAUUGCCGACCAGCAGCGCCGGGGCGGCGGGCGCGGCGGCGGGCACGGGUACGGCGGCGGCAGGGAGCGGGGCGGGAUCGGGGGACCCGGUGGUGUGCGGCCUGGCGGCAUGCGUGCUGGCGGCGUGCCUUGUGUACGGCAAGCCCUCGGCGGCGGCGGCGGCGACGGCGCAAGUCAGUGGCGGCGCCGCCGCGCCGUCGCCGUCGGACCUGGUGUUGGAUGUGAUCAUGUCGCGUGUGGGCCUCAGCCACUUCUUCUAUCGGCUAGACGACCUGCGUCGGUCGCCCGUUUUCGCGGCGGCGGCGGCUGCGGCGGCGGCCGGCACCGCCGCCAAGCCGCUCACGCGCGCCGCGGCAGCCGCCGCCGUGGCGGCGGCGGAGCAGCAGGCGGCGGCGGCAGCGGCUGCCGCGGCAGCCGGGGCGGCCGGCGGCGAGGCGGCGGAGGGCGUGGGUGCGUUCCAGCUGGGUCCGGAUGUGUUGGCGAUGGUGGGGGCGCUGGAGGAGGCGGUGCGGGGGCGGACCAUGGAGGUGUUCAGCCGGCCCACGGGACACAAGCCCGGCGGCGCGCAGGACGGCCUGCCCUCCACGCCCGCCGAGGUGCCUGGGCCCGACGACUCCUCGCGGCUGGGCUGGGCGGUGGCGGCACUGGGGCGACUGGCGCGAGAGGUGGACGAGCUGCGGGCGCGGAACAGGGCGCUCGCGGAAGACCUGUUCAGGCUUUCUCAGCACCAGGGCGCGCUGCCGCCCGCCGCCGGCGCCGCCGCGCCAGGGCAACUGGGGCACGGCGGCGGCGCCGCCGGCGCGGUCGGGUCCCACGGCGGCCCGGGGCAUGGCGGCGCCGCGCCUGGCGCGCCGGGUGCGGCGGGCUCGGCUGCCGACGUGGAGGCGCGCGUGGCUUUGGAGCUGAGGGCCAGCCGCGCAGAGCAGGAGCUGUCGGCGCUGCGGCACCAGGUGGAGGUGAUGGGCGCGCGGCUGGGCCAGGCGGAGGCCGACGCGGCGGCUGCUCGCGAGGCGGCCGCCGCCGCGCACCUGGCCGCCAGCAAGGCCGAGGCGGACCUGGCGGACCUCAGUGGCGCCUACAACAACCUGGAGUCCCACGCGUUUUCCACGGAGGCGCAGCUGCGUAACGCCCAGACGGCGCUGGCGGCGGCGCAGGCCGCGCAGCAGGCGGCGGAGGCGCGGGCGGCGCAAGCGGCGCAGCAGGCAGCGGCGGCGGCGUCGGCGGCGGCACCAGGUCACGGGCACGCCGGCGGCGGCGUGUCUGAGGCGGAGGUGGCGCGGCGUGUGGAGGAGGCGGCCGCCGCCGCCCGCGCCGCGGCGGAGGCGGAGGCGGACGAGGGCAUGACGGACCUGCUGGUGUGCCUGGGGCAGGAGGAGCGCAAGGUGCAGGUGUUGAGUGAGGCCCUGGCGGCUCAAGGCGUGGACGUGGAUGUGAUCCUGGCCACCCUGGAGGAGGAGGAGGCGGGGGCGGGGGCGGGGGCGGGGGCGGGGGCGGGGGCGGGGGCGGGGCAAGAGGGGCAAGAGGGCGCGGACGAGCUGCGGUAGCGCCGGUGGCGUGGCGGGAAUCGGGAUCGUGACCGGGAGCUUUUGGAAGGGUGCGGAUGUGUGGAUUUGAAGAACGCGGGGGUGGGGGUUGGCAUGCCCGAUACAGCAGCGUUGUUGGGGCGGUGCGUGAUGGGAGUGAGCAGAGCAGGAUCGUUGUGAGUGGUGCGUGCGAGCGUCUGGGCAGAAGUGACCGGGAGCACUGAUGAGUUGACGUUGAUGGGGACUCGGGCGUGAGCACAGUCAGCAUACCGUAACAUGCUGUUGGGCGGUCCGCAGGCCUACUGUACUGCUCAUGACACCUGACGUACCGUAUCCGU